AUGGGUUCGAUCAAAGACAACUGGAGAUUAAUUGCAGCUACUGCUUUAUGCACUGUAGCAGCUACCAAAUGCGUUGAUUUAGCAUUGAAAGCUCGUCUAGAGAAUGAUACCAAGCAAAAAUCUAGAAUUACCAAGGCCUUAGAGACACAUGAAUACGAUGAUAAUCUCUUCCGUGAGCAACUUGCUCGUAAUUAUGCAUUCUUAGGUGAAGAAGGUAUGGAAAAAUUGAAACAACAAUACUUCGUGGUGGUAGGAGCCGGCGGUGUCGGAUCCUGGGUAGUUACCAUGCUAGUUCGUUCCGGUUGCCAACGCAUUAGAAUAAUUGAUUUCGAUCAAGUUUCGCUCAGCUCACUAAAUAGACAUAGCUGUGCGCAGCUAUCUGAUGUGGGAACACCUAAAGUCGACUGUUUAAAACGACACUUGCUCAAGAUUGCUCCAUGGUGUCAAAUCGAGGCCAUCAAUGAACUGUGGGAUAAAGAAAAUGCGGAGAGACUUUUGUUUGAUGCUGGAGAACCUACUAUGGUUGUUGACUGUAUAGAUAAUAUUGAUACCAAGGUCGACCUGCUGGAAUUCGCUUAUAAGCGAAAGAUAGAAGUUAUAUCAUCGAUGGGCGCCUCAACAAAGAGUGAUCCAACCCGUAUCAACGUUGGAGAUUUGACAACGACCGAGGAGGAUCCAUUGGCUCGUUCAGUGAGAAGAAGGCUGAAGAAGAGAGGUAUUGUGAAAGGUAUCCCAGUGGUAUUUAGUGCCGAGAAACCUGAUCCACGUAAAGCUAGAUUAUUGCCACUGCCUGAUGAAGAAUAUGAAAAAGGACAAGUCGAUGAGCUGAGUGCUAUGAGAGAUUUCCGUGUAAGAAUACUCCCAGUCUUGGGUACUAUGCCUGGUAUUUUUGGACUAACCAUUGCAACCUGGAUCUUGACGAAGGUCUCAGGGUAUCCGAUGGACCCAAUCGAGGGUAAGAACAGAGUCAAAAUCUAUGAUGGGAUCUACCAUUCAUUGGCGGGACAAAUGACACGUAUCGGAAUGCCAGAUCAACGUGUUCCCAUUGCUGUUAAGGAAGUCAGCUACAUUGUGGAGGAAGUCUUCAGAGGUAAGUCUCCCGUUAGUGGAUACUCGACCAGGCUGACUCUCUCGAAAUGGGACCCAAAUAAACCAGUUACUAUACAGAACGUGGUCAUUCUGACUAAGGAAGAACAAAAAGAGCACGAGGACAAUGUGUUGAAUGGUGGCAAAUCACUGGAGGAUGUUUACUCUAAAGAUAUCCUGGAUUUAGUAGCCAAGAGAUUCAAAGAAGAAGAGUACUAUUCGCAAUACAGAUAG